CCUGCUUUCAUCUGCAAAUGUCCUGGCUUCUACUGUAGAUGACCUGGUUUCUGCUGUAGAUGAUGUAACCUCUACUGCAAGUGACCUGACUCAGCUGCUGUGGACCAUGACAUAUUUCUUUCUGCCACAAGAGGAGAAUGCAGUUAACAGGCGAGGUUGAAAUGCUUGAAGAACCUGAUGCUCUUAAUCUGGAGAGACAGUUGCGUGAGAUAUUACAUGAACUCCAGCUUAAACGUGGGCAAGUAGAAGAAGGUCGUGAAGCAUUGCACCAAGCAGUUUUAAUUCAGCAUGAGUUAGAGAGGGCACUGGAUUCAGAGAAGCGUAAUAAUGAGGAGAUGCAGGCACAACUUGAAAUAGCUAUGGCUGCCGCACACAGGUGGGAAGAAGAACGCAGCAGCCUCCAGCAGGCAGCAUCUCGUCACCGCCUACAGCUGGAGACUACAUUGCAAGAAAGAGAUGCGUUGCGUGACCAGGCCAGGGCAGUACAGUUAGAGAAUGUGAAGCUCCAACAUACUAUAGAUGAACAAGAUCGACAACUGAAGUGUCAGCUGGCAUAUCAAGAAAAUUGUGUUACUCGUCAGAAUAAGCUAACUGACUCAGUACGAGAAUUAAGAAGUCAAAUGCAGAAAUUAGAAGAAGACUACCACAGACUUCAAAGUUCUGUUGAGGCUACAAAGAAACUUAGCUCACAAGUACAGCUUUCUGCAGAACACAUUACCUUCUUGCAUGAAAAGGAGAAGAGCAAGACUGCAUCCCUUGAAAAAAAGAUUGUAGCCCUUGAAGCUGAGAUCCAGAAGCUCCAAAGUGAGAAGAACAUAAAUAAUGGGCUGCCAUAUACUGAUUUCCAAAAAACUGAAAUUGAACAGGUAUCAGCCCACGAGCUGCAGUCACAACUAUCAGCUGAGCGUGAUGGAAAUGCACAAUUGCAAGCUGCCUUAGAAGAUGCACUCAGAGCACAAGUUCAUUUCCAACAGCUGGAGGAAAAUGUGUCUCAGCAACUAAGCUGUGUUUCAUCAGAAUUAAGCAUGAAGGAAAAAUAUAUAUCACAACUUGAAUCUGAUAAAUCUUGUCUCUGUAAUGAAGUGGCAGCUAUAAAGAAAGAACUCAAACUAAUGGAAGAAGCUCUAAUGGACAAGGAUGCAUCUAAUAAGAAAACAGAUGCCAAGAACUCAGAAACUCAGACAGAUAUAGUCAUAGAAAGUGAGAAAGGUGUUAUGUUUCAAGGGGCAGAUGAAUCUUACAGUAAUAAAAUGGCUUUGACAAUUCCUGAAGAGCAGUCAGUACAAACAGAUGGUCAACAUCCUGGUGAGACAAAUGAGAAAAGUAAUCUUUCCACUUCUAAUGACUGAAACAAAGUUUUUGUUUAUGUAAUUUUGAUCUUCAGCAGACUGAACAGAGUAGUGUUAUGUGUGUUACAGACUUUACAGGGAACACUGCAUAAAACACAAACAUUGAGUUGUUAAACACAUAUUGCAUACACUAUAAAACUAGAAAAAAAUCUUCUCAGUAUCUAUGAGACUGCUGGACAGUGUGUGUGAAGCCAAAAUUACAUCAGUGUCAUAAACUGAUCAGAAGAUUCUAUAACUAUAAUCUCUGGAGGUUGGAACUAUUUUACUUCAUUAUGUGUAGCCAGAGAGAAUGGAUGAAAAUUCCAGGUUGGAGCUGCAGAGAUAACUGAUUAUAAAACAUAAUGUACAGUGUUAGUGU